CUCAGCACACUAAAGUAAAUCUAUGCCCAAAUUAACCUACAGCUGUAAACAUCAUAUCUUACAAAAUACUUGAUCAGAACACAGUCCAUUAUUACACAUCUCAGAAAACAUAUAACUUUCAUUACGCCCUACCUUUCAACACAGAUACUAAUCUGCAAACUCACCCGCCUUCAAUUCAGAAUGGAGCUUAACAAGUUCGAAUCAAUCAAGAAGUUGAACACAGAGCGCUUCGACUGGAAGUGUAGACUUCGAUUACAGUCAAUGUGGAAAGGACUAAACAGAGAAACAAAAGAGUUCUGGGGCAUCAAUAUGACACUCAUCGAUGAUUCGAACCACAGGAUUCAUGGAUUUGCAAGUUCUAAAUACUGUAAAGGACUUUUCGAACAAUUGAAGGAAGGAAAUAUUUAUAUUCUCACAAAUUUCAAAGUUAAGGAUUAUGUUGGCGACGAAACCUACCGUCCGGUUCGAAACAGAAAGCAUAUUUACUUCACAACACACAAAAAUAGAGACAGAUUCGGGUGUUGGUUUGAAAAUUGAGAAGUUUGCUGUGGACCUGUUCUACAUGGGAGAAAUUAAAAAACUAGCUGAGGACAACCGUUUCUUAAUAGAUAUGGUAGGAAGGAUACAAAAUGUUCGAACGAACAUCAAGUCAAUCAAAAAUGAUGUCGAGAAGGUUAUUACAAAGUUUGACCUCACUGAUGGAAGGUACACUGUUCCUGUGACUCUAUUUGAUGAUUUUGGAGUUCAGUUUGCAGAAGAGCUGGAAGAUUGUAAACAAACAGAGAUUUAUAUUAUCAUUGCUGCUGCAAAAGUUGGACUCUAUGAGGGUAUAGCUAAUCUAACAAAUUAUCCGGCAACAAGAAUUUACAUCAAUCCUACACACUACAGCAUCGGAGAGCUUAAAGCCAAAAUGUUGGAAACAAUUGAAGAAACGGUUUCAUCACCACCGCAGGAAAUUACAGAGUUAAAAACUCUUACUAUCAAAGAAAUUAAAGCAAUGACUCCAGAUUCCACAGAGUGCAGAGUUAAGUGCCAACUUAAAGUAACUAAGGUCGAAGAGCAGUCAUCUUGGUUUUAUGCUGUAUGCACAAAAUGUCCAAAAGAAAUAUCACGAGUCGAUGGGGUUUUUAAAUGCGAGGACUGUAACAGAAUUAUUCCAUACCCUGACAAAAGAUUCCGUAUAUGCACAUUAUGCAGCGACAACACAGGUAGCAUUGCAGUAAUUUUCCUGGACCAAGAAGUUACUCGGAUUAUCGAGAAAACUGUGUUUGAUAUAGAAGUGGAUGCUAUUCAGGAAAAUACCGAGGGGAAAUUUCCAGCAGUUCUCAAGACAUUUGAGAAGAAAGUUUAUACCAUCACUCUAAACAUUACAGAGAACAAUCUCAAAAAAGGAUCAAUGGUGUAUGAGGCGGAUGAGAUUUUUGACAAAAUUGAAAGCACUGCAAACUUUGAUCCAUCGACAAACACAGAUACUCAAAUGGUUGAGGCAGCAACUGUAGACCUGAAAGAUGACGACCUCAGCACACCAACAACUGGAAUUUCUUCUACAAAAACAAGGGCAAGGGUUGAUAUUGAGCCGGUGGCAUUUGAUCCAAAAGAAGAUACACCAGCCAAGCUCAACAAAAAGGAUAAGAAGAAAAAGGAGUAACUGCUUCGUACUGGACGUCAACAACUACUUUUGCCAAUGAAGAAGAAUUUGAAACUUCGGUCUCUGAUACAAUUCAGAGUUUCCAAGACUUUUGUUAUAAUUUCUCUGAAUCUAUGACUCUGUCUGUUUAAAUAUUCUAAACUGUGCUGAAUAUGUUUGCACUAUUUUUUGGCGUCCAGGAACCUAACUAUUUAAUCUAC